CUGAGAAAGAGCUAACCUGAUUCCCCUUCUGGUUUUCCCUUCUGUUACUUCUUUUCUUCUUCUCUCUUCAUCAUCUUUUCCUUUUUCUUUUAUUCAGUUUAUCAUCAGAUUUGUGACUGUAAACGUUGAUAUUUGUACUUUUAUUGACAAUUAGUUUGAUUUGACCAUUUGAACAUGAUUAAAUGAUGGUUAAUGUUUUUUCCAUGGCCAUAUCUGCUUACUGAAUUCCUAUUUCUUUUUGUGGUGCAAAGUGAAGCUCUCAACAUCUGAUCGCCUGUUCCGCUUGUUUACUUUGUUUACUGUGAAAUGAUCUAGCUAACUACUUGAAUAUAAUCAAAAUGUUGACCUGAUAAUGAUCUACUUAACCUUCAUUUGAUAAUAGUGUGUAAUAUUUCUACCUCUUAAAUCUGAUUUUUGUUAUAUCAUAAAUAAUAUGGUCCCUCAAGUAAUACAUAUGACAAUGGAUCGCUGUCGAAGAGAAUCGUCUAUUACUUCUUAAUGACUCUCACCACCAAUCUUGGAUUAUUCAUUUCACCUCCACUUGUAAAAUCAUCAUUCUAUGCUGGACUUAAUAUUAACCUUCAUUUGUUCAUCUGGUUGACCGCUUAGGAUAUUUCCUUCAAUCAGAGGUUUUAUACUAUUGUGCUUAAAUCAUCUUAAUUCGUCACAACCAUUCCUUUCUAAACAAAUAGGAUGUCAAAAACAAGCAACUAUCAAUGGGUGUAUUCAUUAGUCGACUCAUCUCGAGUCUCUACUUUCUUAAUCUCAAUGCUGUUGAUUGUCUAUGGCAGUUUCAGAUCACUUAACAUGGAACAGGAAGCAAAAGAAAAAGAAAAGGAUUCCAAUGGUCAAUCAGCCGAAAAUAAUGUGCAAACACUUGAUACAAUGCAAGCUUUAUGUCUCCCGUUGGGUGCAUCUAUUUCACUUUUAAUCAUGUUUUUCUUCUUUGAUUCAAUGCAAAUGCUUUUUGCCAUUUGUACUGCAAUCAUUGCAGCCAUAGCAUUAGCAUUUCUCCUGCUUCCAAUGUGUCAAUAUAUGGUCAGGCCGUGUACAGAUAAGAAAAAGAUCUCGUUUGGAUUUUGUGGACGUUUUACUGUGGCCGAAAUCCUUUCCUUCUCAUUAUCUGUUACAAUUGUUUGCAUCUGGGUUCUCACUGGACAUUGGUUACUUAUGGAUGCAAUGGGAAUGGGCUUGUGUGUCGCAUUUAUUGCCCUUGUUCGACUUCCAAGUCUCAAAGUUUCUACACUUCUACUUACUGGUCUUUUAAUUUACGAUGUGUUCUGGGUUUUCUUUUCCUCUUACAUCUUUAACUCUAACGUAAUGGUCAAGGUAGCUACUCGGCCUGCUGAUAAUCCAGUUGGAGUGAUGGCAAAAAAAUUGCAUCUAAGUGGCAUGGUUAGCCAUGAUCCCCCUAAACUCUCCUUACCUGGCAAACUUAUUUUUCCAAGCAUGAAUAACAAUGGCCAUUUUUCAAUGUUAGGCCUUGGUGAUAUUGUUAUGCCUGGUCUCCUAUUGUGUUUUGUAUUGCGCUACGAUGCUUACAAACGAUCUUUAUUGACCUCCGCUGAAGCUGGUUUACCUCCUCCAAAUCAUCUCAGUAAAAUAACCUAUUUCCAUUGCUCUCUCAUUGGCUAUUUUUUUGGUCUUUUGACAGCAACAGUAUCCUCUGAACUAUCAAAAGCUGCUCAGCCCGCCUUACUUUAUUUGGUUCCAUUCACAUUAUUACCUUUGCUUACCAUGGCUUAUAUUAAAGGAGACUUACGCCGAAUGUGGAGUGAACCAUUUAGAACUGUAAAUUUGCCUAAAAACCUUGAAGUAUGACACUGCAAAGGACAAAGAAUUUAUAUUAUAAAACUUCAUGUUGUACAAAAAUCACUAUGAAAAAAGUCAUCAAGCCGAAGAUGUGGAUGACAAUUGAUUGAUCUCACUCCGACUCUUUUCUAAUCUAUUUGAGAAUUGUUUCACCAUAAUAAUCCCAAUCGUCUCAAAAUCGAUUCCUCUUUUUAUCUUGUUUUGCUACAUUCAACCAUUCUCACAGCUGAUUUCUGAUAAGGACGGGGCGAAAAAUCAAGUUCUAGUUGAUAUAAGUAUUCAAUCUUCUCAUCAAUCAUCUCAUUCACAUUGAUUUGUAAAAAGGAAACCACAUUUUAAAUACAUUGUAAAUACAGAGUAUGCAGAUUCCAAUGUUUGGCGUUGGUCUCUUUCUCCAAGAACGUUUCAGAUGAACUAGUAGUUUUUGCUGUUCUAAAUGUCAACUUCAUGAGAAACCAAAUGUUAGUUGCACAUACAAUUGAUAAAUUGGAGUGUUUGUUUAAUUGAAAACUUAUGUUACGUGCAACUUUAUAUAAAUAAUAUUUGUACAAUCAAUUGAUCUGAAAACCAA